AUGGGAGCUGACCUGGGCGCUGACCUGGGCGCUGACCAGGGAGCUGACCUGGGCGCUGACCUGGGCGCUGACCUGGGAGCUGACCUGGGCGCUGACCUGGGAGCUGACCUGGGAGCUGACCUGGGAGCUGGCCUGGGAGCUGACCUGGGAGCUGACCUGGGAGCUGACCUGGGAGCUGACCAGGGAGCUGACCUGGGCGCUGACCUGGGAGCUGACCUGGGCGCUGACCAGAGAGCUGACCUGGGCGCUGACCAGGGAGCUGACCUGGGCGCUGACCAGGGAGCUGACCUGGGCGCUGACCUGGGCGCUGACCUGGGAGCUGACCUGGGCGCUGACCUGGGCGCUGACCUGGGAGCUGACCUGGGAGCUGACCUGGGAGCUGACCUGGGAGCUGACCUGGGCGCUGACCAGGGAGCUGACCUGGGCGCUGACCUGGGCGCUGACCUGGGCGCUGACCUGGGCGCUGACCUGGGCGCUGACCUGGGCGCUGACCUGGGAGCUGACCUGGGAGCUGACCUGGGCGCUGACCAGGGAGCUGACCUGGGCGCUGACCUGGGAGCUGACCUGGGCGCUGACCAGGGAGCUGACCUGGGAGCUGGCCUGGGAGCUGACCUGGGCGCUGACCUGGGAGCUGGCCUGGGAGCUGACCUGGGCGCUGACCUGGGAGCUGACCUGGGGGCUGACCUGGGAGCUGGCCUGGGAACUGGCCUGGGAGCUGACCUGGGCGCUGACCUGGGAGCUGGCCUGGGAACUGACCUGGGCGCUGACCAGGGAGCUGACCUGGGCGCUGACCUGGGCGCUGACAAUUGA